UAAACUGUACUGAAAUUUGUCCUGAGGGAUUUUAUGGAAGACAGUGCAGGCAGGAGUGUCCACAGGAGUGUAUGGGGAAAUGUAACAAAGUUAACGGAACAUGUCUAGAUAUUAAACAGAAAAUGAAAACUGAAUCAAUUGAAGUUAUAAAAACAAGGCCUAACGCAGUUAUAACUGUGGAGGAUUGGAACAACAGUUUGACUUAUUUGUCUGGACUGUUCGCCCUGCAGAUCAUCAUUACCAUCUCAGUAUUUGGAAUCUUUGUAAUGACCAGCUACACCAUUUAUAAAGUUAGAUUGAUUGGAAAAAGAAUUUUGAAGGAUAAAAAGAUCGCUAAUAAACCAUCGUUUACAUCUGCUGACUACAAAGUAGGACAGGGCAGAAUAGCUUUGAAUACAAGAUUGAGUGUGGAAUCGGCACAGAAACGUCAUACGAUAGGAAACGAUUUUAAUUACUUACCAGAAGCCCAUGAGCAAAGCGAGCAAUAUUUAGACGUUGUAUAAAUGGAUCUUCAGCUUCAAAAUUCCUUUCAGGCAUUUACAGCAAGGAAUCAGAUCAAUUACUAAACAUUAUGUGCCAGAACAAUUCAAGAAAUUGUUCUAAAUGUCUUCAUGUCAGAGACUUUGUCUAAGAAUUAAAAUAUAUUUAAUAGGAAAAUGCAAUAAGAAUAAAUAUG